UCACUCAUCAUUUUAUUACAACUGUGUUAUUUUCUUCUUUCAUAAUAAAGCAAAAGGCCUGCUGCGCCUUUUUUUUUUGCUUUUUUCCCCUAACUAUCCAUUUCCCCAUGCAUCUAUCCAAUUCAAUCAUAUAAAGUUUGAUUGCACAACAUAAAAGCAAAACCUGUGAAUCACAAUAUAUAAAACUUCCUCGCACCCUUUGAAACAUCGAGCUUUUCAGAAUUUCACUUUCUCGUCGAACCGUUCUAAACAAUUAAAAGUCUACUACGAUACUAUAGAAAAACAACCAACCCGACCUUUCGACUUCUCAUCGAAGCUCUAUAGAGAGGUAGCGGACAUGCAUUCCGCGGCAGGACAGACGGGAGCGCGGAGGCAGACCCCUCCAUUUCCCUUGAAGCAGAUGAUAAUCUUGGGUAAGUUUGUGUGGUCUCACUGUGGCCUGUAUUGCUGUAGGGCAAUGACUAGUCCAAUUGCACAGUCACUAAUCCAUUCUCUAGCACUAUGUCGAAUCUGCGAACCAAUUGCUUUCAUGUCCAUUUUCCCUUAUAUAUAUUUCAUGGUCAAGGAUUUCCACAUCACCGACAACGAUGCCCAAGUAUUCAUGUACUGUGGCAUGGUCACAUCGGCUUUCGCUUUUGCAGAAUUCUCCUCUGGAGUGGCUUGGGGUCGAUUGAGCGAUAAAAUUGGACGAAAACCUGUUCUGCUUACCGGGCUUGCGGGUACGGCUUUGAGUAUGCUAAUCUUUGGAUUGUCGCCCAACUUGCCAACAGCAUUGUUGGCACGCGCGCUGGGCGGUCUUUUGAACGGGUAUGCUUCCAUGUUUCCGUCUCUCCCUUUAUUGUUCGAGGCAAUAAUUUCUGAUAAAUUGCUUUUUCUAGAAACAUUGGCGUUUUGCAGACCACCGUAGCCGAGAUGGUGACGGUGAAGGAACAUCAGCGUAAGUGAUCUAUCAUUUCGGGUUUGGGAGCCUCGUUCUGACAAGUCAUAGCUCGCGCCUAUACGAUCAUGCCAUUUGUCUGGUGUCUCGGGUAAGUCUGAACUAAUUCGCAGCUCUUGUCAGCUCUCAAUAUUUUUAUGCUAAUAUUACAAUUUGUAGAUCCAUAUUAGGCCCAUCCCUUGGAGGCGCACUGGCGAGACCCGUAGUCAAUUGGCCAGGAACAUUUCAGCAUGGAUCGAUUUGGGAAAAAUUCCCUUACCUGCUUCCCAACCUCGUUUGUACAGUUGUCGUAACUUUCGGAGUAAUUGUCGGAUUCUUAUUUUUGGAGGAAACGCAUUCAGAAAAGAAAUAUCGUCGGGACCCCGGAUUAGAAGCCGGAAAAUGGAUCAUUAGCAAAUUCACACGAUGCGCCGAAUCAAAGAAUAGUCGAUGCGAGAAGGUUGCAGAGUCGGACGAGAUUCUUCCAUUGUUGGCUGGUGAUUCAGAGGAUCAGCCACCAGGAUAUCGAACAACCCAAGGUUCACCUACACUUUCAUCAACUGCGACUUCCAAGGACCCGCAGGAACCCUUGGAUUUGAAUGCACAUGACCAAUUCGUUGUUCCUGCAAGAACUAAACCUGCAGCAACGAAGGCUUUUACGAGACAGGUCGUCAUCAAUAUUAUCGGUUAUGGUAUUUUAGCUUAGUAAGUUCCACCAUCUCCACGUUUUUGCUGCACAAGCACACGAAUUGAGUAACUAACCCGAGAUUUCCAGCCACACGAUGACUUUCGACUCCAUGCUCCCAACAAUGCUUUCCUACAAAAGAGAAGAGGGUGCUCCACCAUUCCCAGAACCUAAAUUACCUUUUAAAUUUGUCGGCACAUAUGGCAUGAGCUCCUCAGAUGUCGGAGUGGUUCUUUCGGUUCAAGGGCUAUAUUCCAUGAUUGCUACAAUCUUCUUAUUCCCAAUUGUUGUUCGACGUCUUGGAGCUUUGACUUUGUUCAGAACUAUGUCAAUCUCCUAUCCCAUCCUCUACAUUGUUACACCCUACUUGGUCUUGCUCCCGGAGAAUCUUAAAGUCGUCGGCUUGUAUGUGGUUGUCAUCUGGAAAUGUACUUUCUCAACCAUGACUUACCCAAGCAAUGCUAUUCUGUUGACUAAUUCAGCACCAUCACUUUUGAUGUUAGGAACUAUCAAUGGUGUCGCAGCAUCGACAGCCAGUAUUUCCAGAGCCUUUGGACCCACCGUCGCAGGAUUCCUCUUGUCGGCUGGUGCCAACUUAGGAUACUCUGGACUUGCUUGGUGGUGCAGUGCUAUCAUUGCAAUGAUCGGUGCCAUAAUCAGUCUCUACAUGACUGACAAGGGUGGAAGAAUGGAUGUUGACGAGAAGAGCGAAGAAGACCAGGAGCAAGCAUUCAAUGACGAAAUGCUUGAUCAUUUUGCUCCAGAUACUGGCAUCGCCGCUGGCGCCGAGCUAAGGAACACGAUUGCUGAUAAUUAGAUGAUACUUUGAUCAUUGUUAUCGGUUCACGACUUAUGAAAUUUCUUUCCUUCAAUUCUCCAAGAUUGCUCCUCUUAGGGCAUCUGUAUAAAAAUUAUUUUAGGCCAUCAUGGGCCAUUUCUUUGGGGUUCUUGUUUCGAUGUUAAGAUAUCCCCACUAUGCCUUUGAGCGCUAUAACAUCACGAUGAUGGUAUUUUAUAUUUGGGUUUUCUUUUUUGGGGGGCGCAAUUGGAGCUAUGAAGGACACAGAUAUGGGGUGUUUGCGAAAACGGUUUUGUUCCUCGCAGGAUGGGGGGAGUUUCGAUAAAAGGGAGAUAUCAAUAUCGCGCUACCUACUAUGGAUGGGGCGCAGGAUGCAAUUUCAAUUGCAGAUAACUUUUUGGCUGGCUUGGAGAAUUAACAUAUAGUCUUGGUUUGCCUGGCAUGAGGUCCGGCGUUUAGGCAGUCUUAAGAUUUGUGGACGACAUGAGCUAUUUAGUGUUAAUUUAAU